AUGGCGCACAGGGACCGUGGCCCCACGCGGGCCUCGCUCCUUCAGAUGCCUCUGACGAUCACGCUGCUGAUGAUGCUGAUGCCGGCCGUGCGGGGCUCAGGGAGUGCAGCGUGUACGCACGCCGCUCUCGACCUGAACCUGGUGCUGGAGGCGAACCGCGAGACGGGCACCGUGACCCUGGAGGCCAUGAAGACGUUCGCGGGAGCCGCGCUCGAGUCGCUCGCCCCCGCGGGAAACUCGUCCCGCGUGGGGCUGUGGCGCUUCGACCGCGACGCGCAGCCGCUGCUGCGCCUGGGAGACGCCGCCUCCGCCGCCAGCGCGGGCUACGUGCUGGGCCUGCUGGAGGUGGCGCGGGGCGGCCGCAACACGGGCGGCGCCCUCGACUUCAUCCUGCACGCCGGGUUUCCUCCCGGGCCGGACGACGGGGUCCAUCGCACCAAGGUGUUGAUGCUGAUGACGACCGGACCGGCGGACGAGAGCGUGAGCGGAAUCUCCGAGCUGGCGAGCCAGGCCCAGGUGCUCAUCGUCACCGUGGGCAUCGGGUCCCUUGUGGACGAGGAGGAGCUGCAGGCCCUUGCCUCGCUCCCCACGUUCGCGCACCUCUACCCGCUCCAGAUCAGCGCGCAAGACGCCCACGUGGUCAUGGGCGGCAUCUGCAGCGGCACGGGCGUGAUGGGCAACUUCCUCUUGAGCCAGGAGACGAGUCAGACCAUAUUCGACAACGCGGAAAACGGCACAGGUGCGUGA